AUGACCCCACCAGACCCACCAGACCCACCAACAGACCCGCACCAGACCCGACCAGACCCCCACCAGACCCACCAACCAGACCCCACCAGACCCCACCAGACCCCGACCAUACCCCAACCACCCCCAUACCCCACCAGACCCCGACCAGACCCACCAGACCCCCCGAACAAACACCAACCACCAACCCCACCAGACCCACCAGCCCCCACCAGACCCACCAGACCGCACCAACCCAACAUACCCCCACCAGACCCAACGCACCAGACCCGCACCAGACCCCUAACCGAACCACACAUACCCCACCAUACCCAAGACCCCACCAGACCGCCACAGACCCCAAACCCACCAAGACCCCACCAUGACCCACCUAACCAGACCCGACCAGACCCCAACCAGACCCCACCAGACCCCACCAGACCCCGACCAGACCCCCACCAGACCCGCACCAGACCGCACCCAGACCGCACCAGACCCCCACCAACCCGCACCAGACCCGACCAGACCCACCAGACCCCCACCAGACCGCACCAGACCACACACCAGACCGCCCACAGACGCACCAGACCCCCACCAACCACCAGACCCCACCAGACCGCACCAGACCCCCACCAGGACCCCGACCAGACCCCACCAGACCCCCACACAGACCCGCACCAGACCCCACCAUACCGCACCAGACCCACCAACCUACCAGCACCAGACCCCACCCAGCCCACCAUACCCCCAGACUACCGACACCAGACAGACCCACCAUACCGACCCCACCAGACCCGCACCAGACCCCACCAACACCGUCACCAGACCCCAGACCCAGACCACCAAAACAAACGACCAGACCCCCAAGACCCACCAGACCCCCACCAGACCCCACAACCCAACAGACCCACCGCACCUACCUCAGACUACUAUGGGGUCUGUUUCUGGGUCCCGAUCAGACUAUGGGGUCUGUUUCUGGGUCCCGAUCAGACUAUGGGGUCUGUUUCUGGGUCCCGAUCAGACUAUGGGGUCUGUUUCUGGGUCCCGAUCAGACUAUGGGGUCUGUUACUGGGUCCCGAUCAGACUAUGGGGUCUACCUCUGGGUCCCGAUCAGACUAUGGGGUCUACCUCUGGGUCCCGAUCAGACUAUGGGGUCUACCUCUGGGUCCCGAUCAGACUAUGGGGUCUGUUUCUGGGUCCCGAUCAGACUAUGGGGUCUGUUUCUGGGUCCCGAUCAGACUAUGGGGUCUGUUACUGGGUCCUGAUCAGACUAUGGGGUCUACCUCUGGGUCCCGAUCAGACUAUGGGGUCUGUUUCUGGGUCCCGAUCAGACUAUGGGGUCUACCUCUGGGUCCCGAUCAGACUAUGGGGUCUGUUUCUGGGUCCUGA